AUGUCUGAAACGUUAUCCCCCAAGAAUGGGGAUUCAAUGCCGCAUAAUGCAGAGAAGGAACAAGCUCACGCGCGCGAAGCCACUGAAUCUAAAUCCCAGCACAUCACGGGCCUAAGGCUCGCACUGGUUGUUACUUCAGUUACUCUCGUUGUGUUCUUGGUGCUCCUUGAUAUGUCUAUCAUUAUGACAGCGAUUCCACACAUCACAAGCGAGUUCCAUUCUCUUGGUGACGUAGGGUGGUACGGCAGUGCUUAUCUCUUAGCUAACUGUGCCCUCCAACCUCUCGCUGGGAAAUUGUAUACACAAUUAAUAUUAAAGUACACUUUCGUUGCCUUUAUCUAUCUCUUCGAGCUAGGCGGGCAGUUACAGGAAUAG